CUGGGACGCCCUUACACAUAUUUGAAACGUAGCCUACAGAACGUGUGAAAAGGUUAAAGAAACAAUCCGCUUAAUGUUGUUAUCUUCAGACUGACAACAUUUCUCCUGGGUUAUAGAACAACGAUGUAUAUGACAACAGUAUUCUUGUGCACUUGUAAGAAUCUUUGACAGUGACUGAAAACAAAGGUUAGACAGCACUGGCGCAAUGAGUUAGAGCAACUGGAAAAUGACUUGGAUGUGGGAAUAAAGAACAGGACAACAAAUCCCAAAAAGGAAGACAAACUGAAAGUCAUGGAAAAAAGUUCAAACGUACAACAUGCUACAGAUAAUGACAAACAAAGAAAAGUAAUAAAAGGAAGUCCAAAUGAACAAAAUGCCAAAGGACAUGUUAAAAUUGUAAGGAAACAUGUUCAAGAAGAGACUGACAUGGAUUUUUUUCUUGCAGAAUUAGAGCAACUGGAAAAUAACUUGGAUGUGGGAAUAAAGAACAGAACAACAAAUCCCAAAAAGGAAGACAAACUGAAAGUCAUGAAAAAAAGUUCAAACGUGCAAAAUGCUACAGAUAAUGACAAACAAAGAAAAGUAAUAAAAGGAAGUCCAAAUGAACAAAAUGCCAAAGGACAUGUUAAAAUUGUAAGUAAACAAGUUCAAGAAGAUACUGACAUGGAUUUUUUUCUUGCAGAAUUAGAGCAACUGGAAAAUGACUUGGAUGUGGGAGUAAUGCACAGAACAUCAAAUCCAAAACAUCAAAUCCAAAUCCAAAACGAAGACAAACUAAAAUUUGUGGAUGAAAGUCAUAAGGAACAACAUGCUACAGAGGAUGACAAACAGAGCAAAGUUGUCAAAGGAAAUGCAAAGCAACAACAUGAUAUGAAGUUAGAGAAACAAGCAAAAGACGAAACCGAAGGGAAUUUGUCAAGUGCCUGGGGAUCAAAUUCCAAAAAGGUAGACACACUUAAAGAUGCAAAAGAAAGUUCCAAGGACAAACAUGCUAGAGAGGAUGACAAAAAAAGAAAAGAAAAUGAACUAAUUCAAGAUGAAAAAACUGCCAAAGAACAUGUGAACAAUAUAGGCAAACAAGUUGAAGAGACUACCAUGGAUUUGGUAAUUGAAGACCUUGAACUGCUGGAAAGUGGGAAUGAUGGGGGAUUGAAGCUCAAGAGAUCAAAUACUAAAAUGGAAGACAAACUUAAAGUGACAAAAGAAAGACCAAAUGAAGAACAGGCUAAAAGAUUCGAGACACAAGUAAAAAAAGAAACCAAAGUGAAUUUGUCUAUUGAAAAGGAAUGA